UUCUGUUAGUAAAUAACCAAAAUAAAUGAAAGAUGAACACAAUAAUAAGAAAAUAUAUGCAAUAUAUAUUUAUUAUCAUAUAUUUAAAUCAAGUUAAUUAUAUAUAUUGUGAUUCAAUUGUCGCAGUUGAUUUCACCGUCGAGGGAAAUGGAUUUCAUAGGACAAUAAAUUAUGAAGUAUCAGCUGAAAAAUACAUAAAUUAUGACUGUCACGUCGCAUUACACCUAGAACUGCCACCAGUUUUAUACGUCAAUAUUAAUGAACUCGCUGAUCUUCAGCGAUUUACCAGCAUGAGAGCAUGUGCAGUUGGUGAAACAAACGUCGAGUUGUUUGCCGAAGAAGCUCAACCACAAGCAGUAACAAUAUGUACUCCUUUAAAUUUUGAUAAGACGACGUUGAAUCUCACAAUUCAUCAGCGUUAUCAACGUGCUAAGGAAAAAGAAGACUACGCAAGUGUUAUUUUACCUCAACCAAAACUUUUACUCGGUUGUAAAAAACGUAUUAAAGAAUAUCAAGUUUCUUUGAUUGAUUUAUGCGACUCAUGUGUUGGCUUCGCUACCAAAUGGCGGGAAAUUCCUUAUCAAACUGAAACCAAAGACUACAUGUGGAUCAUGCCAAUAGGAGAAUUAACUCACCGUUCAUACGUAACUUACAUAACUUUAUUUACAAGCGUAGUCGGCACUCUGAUUAUAUUCAAAGCACUCUGGUCAUUAAAUUCACCCGAUCACUUAAAAGACGAUUGAGAGACAUCUUCUUGAGACUGUCCUAGACCACCUUCAAUGAAGUUUUUUUCUACGCUGCUUAUUCUUAAACGACAGCACACUUUGCUGUCCGAUUGUGUCAAUAGAAUCGGCGAAUCGUAACCGAAGAUGAAAAAUACAGAC